UUAUAUUUCAUUUUGUAAUAAGUUAAAUUUACUAUUAAUUUGUCAAUUAAUACUUUUAGUUUAAAAUGGAUGUAGAUUUAAUAAACAAAUCAAAUAAAUCAGUUAUUGAAAAGUGGCAACCUACAAAAGAAACAAUCAGAAAACGUUUUAGUUUUCUUUUUAAUAAUGAAAAAUUUUCAGAUGUUUAUUUUAUUGUGGGAAAAGAGAAACAACAUCGAAUUCCUGCACACAAAUUGGUACUAGUAGCCGCUAGUGAUGUCUUUGAAACAAUGUUUUUUGGCAGUUUAGCAACAAAAUCGAACGAAAUAGAAUUACCUGAUGUUGAACCAUUAGCAUUUUUGGCUUUUUUGGAAUUUAUUUACUCUGAUGAUGCAAAAAUUGAUCAAAACAUAGUAAUGCCAAUAAUUUACAUUGCAAAAAAAUACAAUGUACCAGCUUUAAAUAAAUAUUGUGAGAAUUAUUUAAAAAAGAAUAUCGAUAGUCAUCAUGCGGUUUUAUUGUUAAUGCAAGCCAGGUUCUUGGAUGAACCAGAAUUAGCAGACAUGUGUUUGGAAUAUAUUGAUAGAAAUGCAACAAGUGCAUUUUUUGCAGUUGACGAUUUUAUUGAUUUGGAUUUGGAUACUUUAAUUGAGAUAUUAAAACGUGAUACUUUACAUAUUGAAGAAUCAAAGUUGUAUGAAGCUGUUUUAGCAUGGACAAAAGCUGAAUGUGCUCGAAAACAAUUACCCUUAUCACCAGACAAUCAACGUUUAAUUUUGGGUUCAGCAUUUAAAUUAAUACGUUUUCCAUUGAUGACAUUAGAAGAAUUUCAUUCUGGUCCGGUACAAAGUGAAUUAUUGACUCAUCAUGAAAUUGGAGAAUUAAUGUCAUAUUUUACAACGUAUCCUAAACCUUCUAUAGAAUUUUCAGAUGUACCUCGACAUUGUGAAAAUUUAUAUGGUAAAGAACUAGCUGUUAGUCGAUUUAGACAUGCAAAUCAAGUGAUUUGGGAUUACGAUAAAAGAACUACUGAAGGUGAUUCAAUUCGAUUUAUGGUUAAUCGUCGUAUAUUUGUUGUGGGAUUUGGUUUGUAUGGUGCUGUAAGUUCACCCGCCCAAGAUAAUAAAUUUGAUGUAGAUAUACAAAUAUUACGUACGGAAACGAACGAAGUGUGUGGAUCAAAUGCUACUUCGUUUAGGCCCAAUGGUUCGUGUCGAACGUAUGAUGUACGAUUUAAGGAACCCAUCGAAAUUUUAUCGAACACUAAUUACACGGCUAGUGUUGUAAUUAAGCGUCCAAAUACAUAUGCAUGGUGUGGCCAUAAAGGAGAAAGUGAAGUUACAUUUGAUUUUAAUGGUGAAUCCAUCACUUUUCAGUUUGCAUCCACUGGAACAGGCGUUACAGAUGUGGACAAAGGACAAAUUCCGGUAUUUAUGUUCUAUACGUAAAAUAUAAUUUAUUAAUCAAUUAUUCAUAUAUUCAAAAAUUGUAUAAUA